UGUGUACGAUAUGCACGACAAACUUGGAAUAUGCCACCCCGACAUAUGAAUAUGAUGCAUAUAUAAUAAGUUGCAUUGCUAUUUAUUCCAAACAUCCAUCGAUCGCCACCUUAAAUAUAACAAAUACUUGUCUGGUAAAUGUAAGUUUUAUCCUCCUAUCCUCUUCACAACACUUGACAAAGUGAUGAUGAGAACACCAAUAAGCAGUGAUGAAAGUGGUUUGAAGAAGGGGCCAUGGAGCCCAGAAGAGGACAAAAUAUUAGUGGAUUUCAUUGAGAAACAUGGUCAUGGAAGUUGGAGAGCCCUUCCAAGGCUUGCAGGCUUAAACAGGUGUGGAAAGAGUUGCAGACUGAGGUGGACUAAUUACCUCAGGCCUGACAUCAAACGCGGAAAAUUCUCUGAUGAAGAAGAGCAACUAAUCAUCAAUUUACAUUCAGUUCUCGGGAAUAAGUGGGCGGCUAUAGCAUCUCAUCUGCCAGGGAGGACUGAUAAUGAAAUAAAGAAUUUGUGGAACACGCAUUUAAAGAAGAAGCUAAUGCAAAUGGGGUUAGACCCAGUGACUCACCGUCCAAGAACUCAUCACCUAAACCUUCUUAGCAACCUACAACAGAUAUUGGCUCUAAUUAGGUUACAGUCAGAUGCUAAUAAACUCCAAUUAUUGCAAAACAUAUUUGAAGCCUCAAACUCAGACCCACUGCCAGAUUCUUCUUAUUCUUUGCUAAAUGAUGUUUUGGGGGGGUUGAAUAAUCUUCACUCCAAUGAUCUCCAUAACCUUUAUGAUGGUAAUUCACUUUCUGUCCAAAACUUUGAUCAGAACUUGAAUGGUGGCAGAAACGCUGAGCCUUCACCGUCAUCAAACUCGCUUCCAAAUCUGGUUUCAGCCUCACCUGAUCGUUCCCCAGUUGUUAAGGAAGCACAAAACAUAUUGGUAAACUCGAAGGACUUUUCCACCUCCGCUUUUGAGUUAACGUGGGGAGAUUUCAUGGAUGAAGAAGAAACAAACCAGACUUAUUGGAAAGGUUUUAUGGACCAACAUUCUAACCAGACAUGGUCGACUUUCCCAUGAUCACGGAAUUUGAGAGCUAUCACAGCAAUAACGGGAUUUAUUCGCUGUUCUAUCUAUAAUAAAAAAAAAAUAUACUGUUCAUUUAGUUAUAUAUAAUGGUUGGUUUAAUUUGUAUGUAUUAUUUGACGAUGGAUUGAUUUCAGAUCCAAAUAUAGAAAGCUCUUGUAUUGUAUAUUAAAUGUACAACGUGGAAAUUAAAUCAAUCAUAGAAUAGAGGCCUAUGAUGUUCUUUUUCUUUGUAUAAACUAUACUAUAAAAUAAAAUGCUGUUUGUAGGCUUUCCUUCUUAAA